CGUCUACAAAACCCGAAAUACACCUGCGAGAUUUACUUUGAAUCAUUGUUAAGGCUUUUUAAGAACUCCAAACUUAAAAUUGAAAUUUUACCUGUACAUUAAUAAGAAAACGCUGGCGGGAUGCAUUUUCUGUGAAAUUUGAUAUGCGUGUAUCUCCAGUAGCUGAAAAUGAAGUGUUUCAGGACACUUCCCCAAACACUACUGUUGACGAAAAACAUGAUACUCUAAAAAAUGAUUAUAAUUUAGAUGAAAAUAAUGAAUACGGUAGUGAAGAUGAGUCAGAAUCGGAUGAGACAGAAUACAAGUCAGCAGAAGAAUCACCGUUGGAUGUUAUUGAUCAUGAGAACGAAAAGGAUGACUCUAUAACUGAUGCCAAGUCUUCUGUGCAAAAAGUAGAUCCAGAAAAUCUGAACGAUGAUAAUGGCUCGAAUGAGACCGAAUCAAAUCGAUUGGAAUCAACGGGAUCUGAUCACAGCGUUAGAGACGAAGUAGAACUCUCGAAAGAAGAACAAGAAGCCGAACCCGUUAAACGAGGUCGUGGACGACCACGGAAAUACCCCCCAAAAGAACCCGAGGAAGCUGGCCCCGUCGUCAAAAGAAAAAGAGGCAGACCACGAAAAACCCAAGAAGAUUCAGCAACUAACGAAGUUUCUUAUAAAAAGCGCGGUCGUGGAAGGCCUCCGUUAAAGAGAGCAACCGAGUAUUGGACGACUGUAAAUGAGGACAAUUUAGAAGAUAAGUCGAUUAAUGAUGAAAAGGUGUUUUCGGAAGCAAAAGAUGAAAAUGAUGAUAUUCUUGAAACUGACACUGAUGAAGAUGGGUCCGACUCAACCAUUGAUUUAAAUGUGUUUUCUCCAAAAAAAAAGCGAGGUCGCCCUCCGCUCGAUAAACAGGAAGAAGAAGAUCCUUCCUUAAUUACAGGUAAAAGAAAAAGGGGAAGGCCUUCCGGGAAACAACCGCUUGUUGAAAUUCCUACCCGACCGGACGUUGAGCAACCCAAGCGAGGCCGUGGCAGACCUCGAAAAGCACCACUUAAAAAGCCUGCUUCUGACCUUAAUGAUUCUAGUGAAGACGAUGACAAUACCGAAGAUGAUGAAACGGAAGACGACCUGACAUUUGGAGAAAGUUCUGAGUCUGCACCGGUAAGAAAACGAGGAUGGUCACCUAAGCAUCCACUACAGUCAAAUAUAGACGAAAUUAAUAUUAUUCAUUCCGAUUUUCAUCAUAAGCAGGAAGUCCCGCCUAUUUAUCCUCCAAAUUUUUCAAACGCUCAAGCCGCUCAGCCUUCUACACCCUCUUCUCCAUCCUCAUCUUCUUCUACUCCAUCUCCUCCUGCUACGCCUUCAAACAAGACUCCGAAUCCUCCUAUGAAUACAUUAGUUUCUUCGAUGAAUCAACAUUUGGCUCCCGAACGGUCAUUGGUAAAUAAUAGCUUGCCAAAAAAGGCAAGUUUCCAAGUAACCGUAGUUUCUCCUAGAAAACCGGAACCCGCUUUAAAUCACAAAGAAAUUACUGGCAAUCUCAUCUCUGAAUUGGGGUUUAAUGAAGUUAGUACUGAAUUACAAAAAAUAAAGGCGUCUGUAACUAGACGAUUAACUGGGAAGGAAAAAAUUCAACUUAUAGGACAUGAAGAAGAAAAAUCUAAGCUUUAUCAGUGGGCACAGCAAACUGUCUUAUUAGGUGAAGGAAACUCAGUGAUUGUCGUAGGCUCGAGAAGUUCUGGAAAAUCAUUGUUGGUCGAGAGUGUGCUUCAAAAGGCUAAAGUUGAAAUAUCCGAAUCUUUUUACACUGUACGACUAAAUGGAGCUUAUUUGCACGAUGAUAAAGUAGCUCUUAGAGAAAUCUCACGCCAAUUGUCGGUUGAAUUAGAAUCUUUGGAUUCUGAAGACGCUAUCCGCUCCGAAACUAGUUUUGCAGAUACUUUAACGAGACUUUUGGCUACUCUUUCACACCCAUCAGAUUUGGGAAUCACGAAGGAUGGAUUUACGACAUCUGCAUCUGUUAUAUUUAUUUUAGAAGAAUUCGAUCUGUUCGUGCAGCAUCCUAGGCAGAUGUUGCUGUAUAAUUUGUUUGAUAUUGCUCAGUCAAGGAAGGCUCCAAUCUUAGUGAUAGGUCUGACUACUCGAUAUGAUUGUUUUGAGUCGCUCGAGAAGCGUGUAAAAAGUCGAUUCAGUCAUAUGGUUAUUCAUACACCUCCCCCUUCUUCUUUACUGGAAUUUUUGGACGUAUAUCGAAAUGUUCUUACUAUUACCAAUAAGGAUUCUAUAUCGAAAUUAGCUCUUGAAUGGAACAGCCGGGUAAAUAAUUUAUUAUCUGACCCUUCGAGUAAUAUGCACAAGUUAGUACAAUAUCAUUAUUAUUCAAGCAGAAAUUUACGAAUGCUGUACGUCGAUUCUUUAAUUCCUAUUACGUCUAGAUCAGCGUCUCAGCCACUUUUGGAUGAUGCUGAUUUCUACAGGUUUAACUUGAGAGUAUCCGAUCAUAAAGUGGAACUUGUCAAAAACUUAAGUUUGCUAGAGCUAGCGCUCUUGAUAUGUACUAUUAGAUUUGAAUCCAGAGAUAUUCCAGCUUGCAAUUUUAACAGUGUUUAUCAGGAAUAUCGCCAUCUUCAUCAACGUACGGUACUAGACGCAGUGGCUUCAGGUGCGCUUGCCCAUAGCUUUCGCUUAUGGGGAAGAGACGUUGCUUUAGAGGCUUGGGAAAAGUUGGCUUCAGUAGGAUUAAUAGUUUCUCUGCAACCAAAUUCGGAAAUAAGUGGUGCAUUAUCAAGGGAAUGCCAACUUUGGCAGCCAGAGGUCGAUCUUACUGUUAUUACUGCCGCUUUACGUGAACACAAAAGGUUACCGUCUCAUUAUUACCGUUGGUUAAAGGAUAUUGCUUAAGAGCUAGAGUACUCGCUAUUUGUUUGGGCUUGAGAGUGCUAUCUUGAAAUCAAUGUUAAAAACUCGUGCAUGUGACUAUGAAGUUGUCAAAGGAUUAUUAAACUUAAGUUAUAUCAUGUUCUCUUCCUUCUUUGAGGAUUAUUUAUCAGUUUGUGUAUAAUUAUUUUUGUAUAUAAAGUAUCAAGAAUAAAUAAAUUCAUUCCAUCAAACAA